GGGAGGGAAGAAGGCUGUGAAGCCGUCAGAGACCCCCCUCCCGGUGGUCAUCCCUGCCGGCCACGAUGGCCGAGCCCGAGUUGCUGCUGGACUCCAAUAUCCGCCUCUGGGUGGUCCUGCCCAUCGUGUUCAUCACCUUCUUCGUAGGCAUGAUCCGCCACUAUGUGUCCAUCUUGCUGCAGAGCGACAAGAAGCUCACCCAGGAGCAGGUGUCCGACAGUCAAGUCUUAAUUCGAAGUAGAGUCCUCAGGGAAAAUGGAAAAUACAUUCCCAAACAGUCUUUCUUGACACGAAAGUAUUAUUUCAACAAUCCUGAGGAUGGAUUUUUCAAAAAAACAAAGAGGAAGGUAGUGCCUCCAUCUCCUAUGACAGAUCCUACCAUGCUCACAGACAUGAUGAAAGGAAAUGUAACAAAUGUACUUCCAAUGAUUCUUAUUGGUGGAUGGAUCAACAUGACUUUCUCGGGAUUUGUCACAACCAAGGUCCCAUUUCCUCUGACCCUCCGAUUUAAGCCUAUGCUACAGCAAGGAAUUGAAUUGCUAACUUUAGAUGCAUCCUGGGUAAGUUCUGCAUCCUGGUACUUCCUCAAUGUAUUUGGACUCCGAAGCAUUUAUUCACUCAUUUUGGGCCAAGAUAAUGCUGCAGACCAGUCUCGGGUGAUGCAGGAACAGAUGACCGGAGCGGCAAUGGCCAUGCCUGCAGACACCAACAAAGCGUUUAAGACUGAGUGGGAAGCACUGGAACUAACUGAUCAUCAGUGGGCACUGGAUGAUGUUGAGGAAGAGCUCAUGGCCCAAGAUCUCCACUUUGAAGGCAUGUUCAAAAAGGAGCUACAGACCUCCCUUUUCUGAAGGCUCAGACAUCGGUUCAGCCAGCUCUGGCGCCCCAGCACGCUGCUGCACUGCUGGUGCUCAGUGAAGUCAAAGAUUUUUAUUGUUUGUGUUUGAGAAGCUCAGAAUAAAGAGGAGCAUGCAUUGGACACCCAACUAGGGCCUAGUCUUGUCUGAACUUGUUUCCCUUUUAUGUUUGAAGUCACAAGAAGUUAAAGCCUUUUACAUGACUUGGAGAACUCUUUUUAAAAAUAAUUUAUUUUCCAGUUUAUGUCUCUGGUAAUAGAGGAGAAAGUCCCAUAGUGAGAGCAUAAACGAAUAGCAAGGCUGCACCUUUUGCCAAAACGAAUAGUCCCCCUACUGAGUACAUAAGAGUGGCUCCGAUCUUUCUCUGGAGCUCUUCUUACUGCCCCCGGGGACAAGAGCUCCCGUUUACGGCACGCGACAGUUUACGAAGCACUUGGUAGAUCAGGCUUGCCAGAGAUACGAAACCCUUCUUAGCAGGGCAGGCACAGGCUCAGAACCCCAUAACCUGCCCAGGAUAGUGCAGCCACAGCUCCAGGCGGGGCUGCCCCCUCCCCACCACCAUCGUUCUAACCCGCAGCUUCUGGAGGGUGUCGGGAAGCUCCCGCUUCUCCGGGGCCUCGGAAGGCUGGUGUUCUGGCGGUGGGGCCCAGCGUGGUCCUGCAGGGCCUCCUGAACCCUCCGAGGCAGGGUCAGCGGUGGCCGCUCUUCACUGGCAGAGGGCCGCUAGAGCGCUUCUGUCGCCCCUGGCUUUUCGGGAGCUUGUCAUCUGGGCCCUCUAUUGUGACUCCGUUCCUGGGGAUUGUUGUAAAUAAAUGGGAAUUUGCUGCUUGCUUAGUGAGCUGGGCAGGGGCAGAUUGAAUCCUGCCCACUCCCGUGACGGGCUGAGCCAUGAUCAUUUUGACUUGGUUAAAUGUAAUAGAGGACAUUGUUUUACCGUGUGGUUCUGAAUCUCUUCAUGUGGCGAGAGCUGUUACUAGUGAAAACCUGACCAACUGCACAUUAAACGGCUGAACUCUC